AAACGUCAACCUGACUAUUUCUUUCACAUUCUGAUUUCAUUGUAAAAGGUUGGAUAAGAUUUCUCCUCUGAGCCCAGUCGAUCUAAUAAAAUUGAAAACAUAAUCGUCUUGAAUGGACGGAUCGCAUUGUAAUCGAUCCCCGGAAAAGACCGAUGAUGUGACUUCAGAUCAAUUGUUUGAUUUCGUUGCUAGGUCUAUCCACCACCGAACAACAACAUGGGAGCGUACCGUUAUAUGCAAGAAUUGUAUCGCAAGAAGCAGAGCGAUGUAUUGAGAUAUUUGCUUCGUAUCCGAGUAUGGCAAUACCGUCAACUCACAAAGAUGGUUCGUUCGCCACGACCAUCGCGUCCGGACAAGGCCCGUCGCUUGGGAUUCCGUUCUAAGCAAGGCUAUGUUAUCUACAGAAUUCGCGUUCGCCGUGGAGGUCGCAAGCGUCCAGUGCCAAAGGGUUGCACCUAUGGCAAACCAAAAAGCCAUGGUGUUAACGAAUUGAAACCAACACGCCGAUUGCAAUCGGUUGCCGAGGAACGCGUUGGUCGUCGUCUCGGAGGACUUCGCGUGCUCAACUCAUACUGGGUGGCCCAAGAUUCCUCAUACAAAUACUUCGAAGUGAUUUUGGUCGAUCCAUCACACAAUGCUAUCCGUCGCGAUCCAAAGAUCAACUGGAUCUGCAAGGCUGUCAUGAAACAUCGUGAAAUGCGUGGCCUUACAUCAGCCGGAAAGAGUUCGCGUGGCGUUGGCAAGGGUUACAGAUAUUCACAAACAAUCGGUGGAUCCCGACGUGCUGCCUGGAAACGCAAGAACCGUUUGCAUUUACGAAGAAAGCGAUAGAGGGUGUACCAUUUUUCACCCGAAUGUCGUCGAUUUAUUUUCAUAUUAUGUACGCAAUGCAAGUGUGUAUCUUGUGGAAAUAAAGUUUGUCUAAAAAGAAUGAA